GAAAAUUUAAAACCAAACAGGCCUUGAAACUUCCAUUUGAGUUGGGUGUUUUUGAGCUUGAAAAGGAAUGCAAACAGGCCCUAAAAAGGGCAUUUUUUUUUCAAUACCCCAUUUUCUGUAACAAAUACUCAGACUCUGUGUAUCAAUGGAGGAAGCGAAAGCCGCAGCUUACUACGACGAGCUGACACGCAAAGGCGAAGGAGCUGCCAGGUUCAAGCAGGGCCUCGGCUUCUCCUCCUCCUCAUCAACCACCACCAAUGACUCCAACGACGUUGUUCCAACCAGAGGCUCAGCUCUUCCCUCUUCUUCUUCCUUCCUCAGCAGCUUCGUCAGAGCUUCGAGCCCUUCUUCAAACACCUCCCAAUUUCAGAAACAAGCUCAGCUCCAAACCAUUCACAACAAGCUCAACAAUCCCAAACGCAAUUCCAAUUCCAAACCCUCCUCCGAAAAUCACUCCUCUAGGUCUAGGGUUUCGAAUGACCGUGCAAGAGAUGGCCACAAGUCUGAUGUAGAGAGAGAAAGUCGAGAGAGAUCUAGAGAUAGACAUUCGAGGAGGCGAAACCGAAGCCGAAGCAGAGAGAGGCACUCGGAUCGGCGGUCGAGUAGAGAUAGAGAUAGACAUAGGGAUAGGGAUAGAUAUAGAGAGAGAGACAGGGAGGGGAAGAGGAGGAGUUCUUCCCCUAGUGGUCGGAGGUUGGAGAGAGAGAAAGGCGCGAGUAAGGCUGUUGACUAUUCCAGAUUGAUUGAAGGUUAUGACAAGAUGUCGCCAGCUCAAAGAGUUAAAGCAAAGAUGAAGUUUCAGCUCUCUGAAACAGCUGAAAAGGAUGCAACAAAUGGCAUGGGCUCUGGAUGGGAACGGUUCGAGUUUAACAAGGAUGCACCACUUGAUGACGAGGAAAUUGAAGCUGCAGAAGAUGACGAGGCGUUAGUAAAGAACAUUGGCAGAAGCUUCCGGUUUUCUGCAGUGGAGGCCAGAAGGGAGGAAGAAAUUAAGGCUGCUCAUGAUGAGGCCAUGUUUGGAGCUUCAUCAAUUCCACUACCUAUUAAUACAACAGAUGAUGAAGUAGAGGAGGAUAAUGACAAAAUUGUGAACAUUGAAGUUGCCCCUGUUACAGGUCUCAUCAGUGACAAGGUACUUGGAGUGCAACGAGGUUCAUGGCGUGAUCGUGCUCGUAAGUUAUAGGAUGCAAGCUGAGGCUACAGUUGAAAGCCAUAACAGAAGAAACCUACAUGGAUAAAGCUACACAGUAAGGAAACGACACUAUCUUGGGCAACUUUAUCUCAACAUUGCACCACUCACAUUCAGCACAAUGAAGAUUUUGUUCAAGUUCAUUGGAAGAAGCCUUUAUUUCCAAAUAGGCCAGCACAGAGUCUGAGAAGCUCUAUUCCAGAAAGGGGUGAUUUUGUUUUUAUAUUGCUUUGAAAAUCAUGCACUUGGAGGGGUCACUUCUGAUUUUGGCAGUUGACAUUGAGAGAAUUUGAAAAUGAAGUUUUCCUCUCUGAAAGGGGGUGAUUUUGAUUCCUUGUGGAAGUCUCAUCAGAAUACUAUGCUGGAAAAGUGGAAACAAGAACAGUCCCCAGAGUAGUUCCACUUUGUAGAGCUCUUGUGCGUUUGAAUUGAAAUGUCUAUAAACUCAUCCUGCUUGUUUGUAUAUUGACUUGAUUUUAGCAAAAACUUUGUUGUUAAUGGCAUGAUGUGGCUUGAAUCUCAUUGAAA